AUGGUCGAGUCACGACGAGUGCUGAUCGCGAAUCGAGGCGAGAUCGCCUGUCGUCUCAUGCGGACCUACCGUCAAUUCCCGCAAUGCUUGGGGCUCGAGACGUUGGUCACAUCAGCAUCGAUCGAAACUGUCGCGGUCUACACGGAGGCUGAAUCGAGUGCUCUGCACGUUUCGCUCGCGGACCAUUCGCACUUACUUUCUGCGACAGGUCCACGAGCCUACCUGGAUCGUCACGCGAUGGUCGAGGCAGCGUUGAAGUGGAAUUGCUGGGGCGUAGCGCCGGGCUACGGAUUCUUGUCCGAGGAUGCAGACUUCGCUGCGCUGUGCGAGGCUGGUGGAUUGGUGUUCUUGGGGCCCACAGAAGAACAGCUUCGCCAACUAGGCGACAAAGUAUCCGCUCGCGAGUUGGCGAAAUCGGUCAACCUACCCGUGUUGCAAGGUACAUGCGCGUCCAAAGAUGGCUUGAACGAGAUCCUCGCAUUCGCGCGAGGCGUGCAAGCUGGAUCGAGCAUCAUUCUGAAAGCAGCCAAUGGAGGCGGUGGACGCGGGAUUCGCGUUGUUCACCUCCCCACGCACGCUGUACAGCUAGAACGCGAGGUGAGCCAAGCGUACGAGUCGUGCAUGCGCGAAGCCAACGCCUCGUUUGGCAACGGCACAGUCUACGCCGAACGCUUUCUGUGCAAUGCCAAACACGUUGAAGUGCAAAUCCUCGGCGAUGGAUCGGGCAACGUAUGUCAUUUCUGGGACCGCGAAUGUUCACUACAACGUCGAAAUCAGAAGUUGGUCGAAGUCGCCCCUGCUCCGUUUCUAGAAGCCACACUGAGGCAGAGCAUGCUCGAAGCGGCACUUCGCCUGACGAAAGCGGUCAAUCUCAGGAGUCUGGCAACUGUCGAGUUUCUGGUCGAACCGCAACAACAUGCGUUCUACUUUAUCGAGGCGAAUCCGAGGAUUCAAGUCGAGCACACCGUCACGGAGAACGUCACUGGAUACGACCUAGUUGCACUCCAGCUGGCUGUUGGACUCGGUGCCCGUUUGCAACAUCUCGGCUUACCGAGCGAUGCUGCCACGACGCCUUUCCCAACUCGAACCGCGAUCCAGGUACGCAUCAACGCAGAGUCGUUCCGAAACCGCACUGACGAGACGAUCCCCGAAUCGGGAACCAUCUCGUCCCUGAUCUGGCCGCUGGGAGGCGAUGUUCGCAUCGAAACCGCUGCACAUGCUCCGCAUCCGACGUUGGGAAGGUACAAGGUAUCUCCGCUCUUCGACAGCUUGUUGGCGAAAGUGAUUGUCACUUCUGCAAGCUACGCUUCCGCCGUAGAUGCGGCAAGGAUCGCAUUGCAAGAGACGCUUAUCUACGGGCUCCGCACGAACAAGACGUUCUUGAUGGCGCUCUUGCAAGACCAAGAGGUGAAACGAGGCACCCAGCACAUCCAUACGGUGCAAGCUGGAUUCCAGCGAUUCUUGAACGCGUCGAACCAGUUGCAAGCCGACUACGACGCACAGCACAAACGCACCGAUAGUCUUGUAGGUACAGCCAGGCUUGACGACAAAGCCGACGAGUUCCACAUCGAAGUGGGACAGCACGCCGUAAAGUCGCAUUUGAGCGGCCUGGUGGUCAAGAUCUCGGUGCAGGAAGGGCAACCAAUUGCGCCCGGUCAAGAGUUGGCCGUGAUCGAAGCGAUGAAGAUGGAGCAUGUGAUUCGGGCCGAAGCAGCGUGUGGUGGAGGCCAAGUUCACAAGGUGGUUGUCAAGCAAGGCAGUGUGGUUAAUGCGUCCGAUGUGAUCAUGCUCAUUGAUAUUACCCAACUGACGGCUUGCAGCGCUGGAGCUGGAGAGAAAAGUACAGCUUUAGCGACCAUGGAUGCCACACCAGACGCGUCGGUCGCUCGACCUGAGCUGCAAGAGCUUCAAGAGCGUCGUUGUGCGAAUUCUGACCAAGCACGCGCUGACGCCGUCGCCAAACGUCACGCGCGUGGCUUCCGCACGGUGCGCGAAAACGUCUCGAUGCUACUCGACCAAGACUCGCUGAUCGAAUAUGGCGAUCUCGCGUUAGCAGCGCAGAGAGCGCGCUAUUCGAUGGAUCAUCUGAUCGCCAAGACGAGCGGUGAUGGUAUCGUCACCGGCUUCGGCCGCAUCGACGGGCACACGGUCUCUGUGAUCCUUGGCGACUACAUGGUGCUUGCCGGUACACAGGGAUACCUCCACCACCUCAAGCUGGAUCGCAUGCUCACCGCUACACUGGCACAUCCCGCGCCGCUGGUUUUGUAUGCUGAAGGUGGUGGUGGUCGGCCAGGAGAUACCGACUACCCGACAGCUUCCGGGUUGAUGACACCGAGUUUUGCACUGAUGGGCCAGGUGAGGGCGCAGGGAAUUCCGGUGAUCGGCGUGGCCAACGGUUACGUGUUUGCGGGCAACGCUGCGCUGCUGGGCACAUGCGAUGUUGUCAUUGCUACCAAAGGCGGCAAUGAAGCGUUGGCGCGCAGCAAGCAGAAACUGGGCCAAACGUCGAUCGGUAUGGGCGGCAAAGCGAUGAUCGAAGCGGGCGGCUUGGGUGUGGUCGACUCGGACGACAUCGGUCCCGCAACCGUCCACGCUGAAACAGGUGGGAUCGAAGUGUUGGUCGAUCAUGAGGACGAUGCUGCUCUCAUGGCAAGGAAGGUGGUGAGCUUCUUCACACAGCCUUGGAUCGACCGAGCAAAGUGGAGCUAUUCGCACAAUGUGCAACUGCUGCGAACGUGUCUGCCACCGGUGGAGCAGAGACGUCGAGCAUUCGACAUGCGACGCGUGAUCUCUCUGUUGGUGGACGAUGCGUCUUUUGUCGAACUGGCACCUGACUGGGGCACCGCGAUCAUCACAGGAUUUGCACGUAUCCAAGGGAGUGCGACGGCGAUUCUGGCCAACAACCCGAUGUCGCCUCUGGGUGGGGCGAUCGAUUUCAACGCUGCGCUCAAAGCGACGCGGAUGCUCAAGUUGCUCGCACGCACACGCGCCACCCACCUGAUCAGUCUCUGCGACACGCCGGGCUUCAUGGUUGGUCCACACUUUGAACGCACCUCGACUGCUGGUGGAUCGUUCCGAGCGUUUGGCGACUGGUUCACCUCGGCUGCUGAAUUCACCCAAUCCGGCGGCCGCGUCAUCGGUCUCGUUCUGCGCCGUGCGUUUGGGCUGGGCGCCCAAGCCAUGCUUGGAGGUAGCACGCUCAGCAACACAAUCUGCGCCUCCUGGCCAGCCGCCUCGCUCGGGCCCAUGUCUCUCGAAGGCGCCGUCCAGCUCAGCAUGAACAAGCAGCUCGCCCAAAUCCAAGAUGCACAACACAGGGCUGACAUGGCGCACAAAGCGGUCGAGCAACUGUACAACAACGGCAGGGCCAUCAACGUAGCCAGCAUGGCCGAGGUGGAUACCGUCUUGGACCCGGCAGAGACAAGAGACUGGCUGGGCAGGCUUCUCAAGCAUGUGCUGGGCGAAAGGAGGCCGACGUACAAGGUCAGGCGUGCUCACAAAAUGGAUCCUCACUUGUAG